GUACGUGAAAGCAUGAGAAUUAUUAUCGCCCUCAAUAUGACUGAGACUUGAAGCAGGCCGUCCGUACACACGCGAAAGACAAGAUGAACGGCAGCGUGGUGAUCAUCGCCAUACUCCUCUCCCUCUUACUCUCCAUCAUCAUCGGCGCCUACCUGUUCAGCGUGUGGUGGUCCAAGCAUCUCCAUGGCCGAUCCGUGCGACGCCGCGAGGGUGCACGCGAGCUCGUCACCCUCACCCACUCCAACGCCAGGGCCAACGGGAGACGCUGGGUGGAAGUCCGCGUCAGGGAGCCGGGCAAUCCUCGUCGUACGAAUCCUCCUGGCCCGGCUCUGACGAAGUCCCAGCAUACAGCUACGCAGAAUCAGAAUCCCCCCCGGCACGACCGCGAGCGCAACAUGGACCACAGGGCGGAGACCCACAGGAACGAUCACCAGUGGGACUCGCAUGCCAACAACCAUGGCAGAGUCGAGACCCAGAACAACGAUAAUGAGUGGGGUCCUCCUGCGAAUGACAAUCAUGAUAACGAUGCUCGCCAUUCGAGGGGUAACGCCCCUGAUCCUGAUCCUGCUCCGGCUCACCCAUCCCCUCGGGCGUCAACACCUAAGAGCUGGCAUCCGGAUCAGGGACCGGCCCUGGCUCAGUCCUUACAUGACAUGUUUGGCGGUCGCGCGAGCGGGCAUAAGAACUCGAGAGCAGCGAGCAGGGUUGGUUCGAAUAAGCCUGAUCAUGGAGCUGAUGGUGGUGAAUGGGAAGGAUAUUCAAACAACAACCCAGCUGACGAGGCUCGGCCCCCCGGAGAAGUCAGUUGGUAAAGUGGUAACAUUGGGGAUGAUGGCUGGAUGAGAUCUCGGAGGGAGGGAUUCAUCCGUUCUUGUAACGUAGUAGCUGAGAAGUAGCAGUGAUGCUCGAAAUAGUAAGCGA